AUGCAGAAGGCGAUCUGCUACACGCGCUAUGGCGGCCCCGAGGCCACGUCCAUCGUCGACGUGCCGAAGCCUACGCCGCGCGCCGGCCAGGUGCUCAUCAAGACGGCGGCGGGCGGGCUCAACCCGCUCGACUACCGCGUUCGGUUGGGGGACACGCGCGCGCUGAUUCCGGCCACGUUUCCGUGGAUUGCGGGCCACGAGCUGUCGGGCACAGUUGCGGCACUAGGGGACGGCGUCACGACUUUUGCCGUCGGCGACGAGGUCAUGGUGCGCGUCGGGAAGCGCAAGGAGCACACCGGCGCGCUGGCGCAGUACGUCGCGCUGCCGGCUCGCAUCGUCGCGCGUACCCCGAAAAACCUCCCGCUCGUCGAGGCGGCAGGUAUCCCGCUUGCAGGCCUCACGGCCCUCCAGCUCCUCGACCACUUGGGGGUCACGGCCGGCGACCGGCUGCUGAUCACGGGCGGGGCGGGCGGUGUCGGCCUGUUCGCCAUCCAGCUCGCCAAGCUCCGCGGCGCGCAUGUGACGACCACGGCCUCGUCGGCGGGCGAAGUACUCGUUCGCAGUGUCGGCGCGGACGAGGUUAUCGACUACAAGGCUACCAAGCUUGCGGACAUUGGCACGCAGUUUGCCAAGGUGUUCGACUGUGCCGGCGGGGACAUGAACGACCUGCUCGCUGCCACGGCGGACGGGGGGCACAUCGCCACCAUCGCGGGCGAGCUGACCCCGAGUGUGCUCGCCGGCUUCGACGUGUCAACCUUCAAGCGAUACCUCGCCUCCGCGGUACUGUGGUACCGGAGCCGUGGCGUGGUUAACGCCGCCGCCGCAAGGGGCAUCCACUACCAGUUCUACUUUAUGCUCCCCGACGGCCGCCAGCUGCAGGAGCUCUCCGAUCUCGUGUCGGAGGGGAAGCUGCGCGUCGUGGUGGACUCGACAUACAAGUUUGAGGACUACGCCCAGGCAUUCGCGCGCCUCGAGAGCAAGCGGUCGAAGGGCAAGGUCGUGAUCGAGUUCCCGCCAGCGUGA